AUGAGUGAAGAAGAUGAAGACGAUAAGUUUCUAUAUGGAUCUGACGAGGACCAAUUAAAUACAGAAAACAAUAAUGAAAAGAAAAGGACAAAUGAAGAAAUAAUUGCAUCUGAGAAUUCUGAUAACUCAAAUAAAAAACAAAAAAUAGAGACUUUUGAUGCAAAGCUCUCAGAGACAACUAAGGCGGAUAACACUGAGGACUUAGAAUCUUCAGAAGAUGAAAGCGACUUUGAUGUAGAGAUAAUAGUGAGUAAAGGUAAAGAUCCAACACGUCUGGAUUCUGACUCCAUUCUUGCAUCAUCGGCUGCCAUAACGUCAACUGGGAUUACAACGACGACGACGACGACGAUAGCUACAUCCUCAGCAACCACCAGUGAUUCUAUUAGUAUUGCAACUGACUCAAAUGCAAGAACUGAACAAGAGAAAGGGGGUUUAUCAACAAGCACAGGUGAAAAAGAAUUAGAAGAACAAGCAAAAGCAUCUAUAGAUAUGGCUCCUGGUUCAUUGGAUAUAGACAAAGAUGGGCUAUACGAUGGUGAACCAGUGACACAAAUCGAUCCCGAAGUUCUAAAAGAAAAACCAUGGAGAAAGCCUGGUGCUGAUGUAAGUGAUUAUUUCAAUUAUGGAUUUAAUGAAUAUACAUGGAUGGAAUAUCUAGAUAGACAGGAGAAAUGGAGAGAAGAAUAUAAUCCAAGAAAAAUACUAAUGGGUCUACUUUCGUUGCAGCAACAAGGAAAACUAGAUCCUACCCCAAGCAAAGAUAACUCGCUCAACCAAAACACACUACCAAAUAUGCCAGAUAUGAAUAUGGCAAUAAAUAAAAAUAUGAAUAUGAAUAGAAAUGGAAAUCCUCCUCAAAUGAUGAAUCCAUUUCCUAUGUUUGGAGGGUUUCCUCCGUUUAUGCCAGGUAUGCUGCCUAAUAUGAACCCACAACAAGGUCAAAAGCAAGGUAACACUGCUAAACCUCAACAGUCUCAACAGGGACCACAACUUCAACAAACACAGAAGAAAUAA